GCCAGACGCAGGUGAGAGGUGAGCCCACACUGAAGAGCAAGGUGUCCCAGGCAGCUGACAUGAGAGGAUCCCCCCUGUUCCUCUGCUUCUUCUCCGUGUCCUGCUGGAUGAAUUUGAUGCCAAUAGCUGGGGACAGAAUCUUCCACUUUGGAGCCUGCAGGGUUUCCAUGAGCAUGACGGAGAUCAGGGCUGGCUUCACAGCAAUUAAAGCCAAUAUUCAAUCCAGAGACCCCAUCCGGACCCUGAGCAUCCUGUCUCACCCUCAUUCUCUCCACAAGGUCAAGUCUUCAGACAGGUGCUGCAUCACUUAUCAGCUCUUCACCUUCUACGUGGACAAGGUUUUCAAGCACUGCAGGACCGAGGACUCGUUUGUGAACAGGAAAAUCAGCAGCAUUGCCAACUCCUUCCUCAGCACGAGGAGGAAGCUCGGGCAGUGUCAUGAGCAGAAUAAUUGCUUGUGUGGGGAGGAAUCCACAGAGAAAUUGAAGCAAAUACUUGCAAACUAUGAAGGGCUGAAUGUCACAUCUGCAGCCAUGAAAUCCCUGGGGGAGCUGGACAUCCUCCUGGACUGGAUGGAGAAAUCUCGUUAGCAGGCAGUGUUAAUUACCCAUGGGCUGGUGCUGAGGAGCUGCAGGAGCUUUGCAGAGACGAGAGGGACAAUAAAUCACUGUAUCAGUGAAGCUGAUUCAGGCAAACAUGGGGAGUUUUGCCAGCCAGGGACAUCAGCAGAGUCUUCAUUAAGACAGAAAUAACGAGUUUGAUUAAACCAGCAUCGCCCUUGCUGCUACCAAAGGAUGCUCCCAGGGAAAACCCACAAGGAUUUCUCUUGCUGGCAGAUAUAAGCUGUGAUCAUGUCAUAAAUUACAGAUAUUUUGCCUAGGGAAUGUGGGGCAUGAGUGCUGAGGGCUGGCUGGUACAGCUGAUGUUGCAUAAAACGUGGGCUCGUUCUCAGGGCUGCCUCCACUGAUGGAUCUGGCUGAAAUGAGAAGUGCAGUGUGGGAAAUGCUUCCAAGAAUAGGUCCUAGCAGGUAUGUCAGGCCCUAGAAAUCUGUGUUUCCUUUUGAGAUGAUAUUUUCUGCCUUAUCAG